UCGAUAACUCCCACCUCUAGCGUCGCGUCUGCCUGGCGGCUGUUUUUCGAUUUCUAUUCUUUAUCUGCCAAAACGCCGUUAUGAACAGAACAGAGAUCAGGAACUGAGCAAGCGUCGUGACUUUAGAAUCGUUUUGUGAGUUUGUGUGAUUACGCCCGACCAACAACAGCAGAUCGCACACUCCGUACGAAUCGAGAUAAAGCUGAAACUGCGCAAAGGAUCUCGACGAGAAGCGACGCCGUUAAAUAGGAGCAAGAACAAAACGACUGGGGGACCAUCGCUCGGCAGCAACAACAACACUAUCGACGAGAACGCUCUCGCACGCACUCACACAAAGGUUUUUGAAAAAUGGCGCCGACAAAGGCAACCACCCGGGCGGCUGCCUCCAGCGGUCUUCUCCAGAACCAGGCCGCCAAUCCUCUCAUGGCUUUGGGGGCCGCCACCAGGAAGGCGCUGACCCGCCGCGCCACAUCUAGCAACAUCGAUCCCAAUGUGGAGAAUAUGCAAACUCGCGGCAAGCGCAAGGCGGAUCACAGCCCCGUUAAGAACGAAAAAAUUAAGCGCUCUGCUCUGGGCAAUCUUACAAACAAUGUGAAGGUCAUGACACUGCAUCCCGGCCAGCAGGAGGAGGAAACGGCGGCCAAGAAGCCGACGGCCCAGCAGCUGCAGGCCCUUUUGGAUGCUAAGAACCAGGACAACCUGACCAUUAAUGUUUUCUCCACCAACACGUCCAAGAUGGUGACGCGCGCCUCCAGCAAAGUCGAGGAUUCCGUAGAGGCCUGUCACAAGGUUCUGGAUAAGAUUGAGGAGGCGAUGGCUCGACCUAAGCCACGACCGAAGCCAGUUCCCUCGAAGAAGGCUGCCGAAGCAUCGCGUCCCAAUCCGCCCAUGAUGCAGAUUCCUGUACUGAUGCCCCCUAUGCAGAAUUUGGCCGCUCCCCCGGUGGCUGCCAUCAAGCCAGUGCGCCGCAUCUCCAAUGACUUUAACAAGACUGAUGACAGCCUGUACGUCUCCGCCCUUGAGGAUGUGUCUGGCUGCGAUUCCAUGCGUUUAUCGGCCAACUUUGAGGCCGUUCGCCGGCGUUCCGCCAAGUUACAGCAAAAGACUGAUCAGCAUCCAUUCAUUCUGCCCACAGUGGAUGCUAGCCAGGUGGUGCCAAUCAAGCCAGUGCCAUUGGACGUCGAGGACUUUGAUCGCAAAAACUGGGACGAUCCCUUCCAGGUUUCGCACUACGCAAUGGAUAUCUUUAAUUAUCUGAAAUCGCGAGAACCGGAAUUCCCCAUCGGCGACUAUAUGCAGCGACAAAAGCACCUGACGACUUGGAUGCGAACCCUGUUGGUUGACUGGAUGGUCGAGGUCCAGGAGACGUUCGAGUUGAACCACGAAACUUUAUACCUGGCUGUUAAGAUCGUGGACUUGUAUCUCAACCGCGAGGUGAUUGCCAAGGAGAAGCUGCAGCUGCUGGGAGCCGCCGCCUUCUUCAUCGCCUGCAAGUAUGACGAGCGCCAGCCACCUCUGAUCGACGACUUCCUGUACAUCUGCGACGGCGCUUACAACCACGACGAGCUGGUGGGUAUGGAGCGUGAGGCGCUCCGCGUCAUUAACUUCGAUCUGGGCAUCCCGCUCUCCUACCGCUUCCUGCGCCGCUAUGCCCGAUGCGCCAAGGUGCCAAUGCCGACGCUGACACUGGCUCGAUACAUUCUGGAGCUAUCACUUAUGGAUUAUGCCACCAUCUCGUUCAGCGACUCUCAGAUGGCUUCUGCCGCUCUAUAUAUGGCCCUGCGCAUGCACGGUGGAUCGGGGCAACUAGACAAGCAGACCUGGAGCUCCACUCUGAUCUACUACACCGGAUACCAGCUGGCGGAGUUUGCCGAGAUCGUGCCGGUGCUGAAUGCGGGCUUGCACCGCAAGCCGCGAGGAGCCAUCAAGACGAUACGUAACAAGUAUUCGCACAAGAUUUUCCACGAGGUGGCCAAGGUGCCGCUGCUGACCAACCAGGAGCUCUUCCAGAACAACCUGGAUCUGAACGAAAGCAAUUUGUCGUAGGACAGUAUCCCAAACUAUUAGCCAAAUUCAAUACGAAAGCAAAAAUGAUACGCUUCUGUUAGGCUAAGGCGCUCCAACUACCCAGAUUUUAACAAAACACAAAAACAAAAAAAUUCCAAAAAAAAAAAAGAAGACCCUUCAUCCUGCCUCAUUUAUAUAACGGACCCCCCACAAAAUUUGCCCAACCGAAUUUCAAAAUUAGCCCUGAUCUUAGUUUCCUAGUCCCCCCCCGUAGUCCUCACAAUUAUUUUAUAUUUAUUAUUAUUGUGACCUUUGCAUUAUCAACAUGUUUUUGGAUAAAUAUUAUAUGUUAUAAGGUUCAUUUAUGUUUCUCACGUUUUUUUACGUUUUUGUUUAGAUUUCACACCUAUUCCACAACCCAAAACAUGAGACACCUAAAAUUAAGCAGGGACACUUAAACUAAUUAAUUACCAUUCGAAUCUACAACAAUCUGGCCGCGAUUUAUAUUAAUUAAAAUGUACGCUAGCUGUAAGAGAUUCCAGCAUUUACUUAAUAAACCUAACACAUAAGCCACUAAAGCAGA